AUGGAAACAAUUUUGGGUGAUUUUGCAUCCUUGGUGUUAAACAACACGGAACUUGAUCAUGCUGCUGAAAUAGCUAAUGAAGUGGCCCACGUCUCUGGACAGAUUAUUCGAAAAUAUUAUUCAAGUCGUGUGAGAUUUGUAUUCAGGGAAAAGAACGUCGAUGGUCCAGUUACAUGUGUUGACAUAGAAGCAGAAGAAGCUAUGGUUUCCCUAAUCACCAAUGCUUUACCUUCCCACUCCAUUUAUGGUGAGGAGACCAACCCUGAGCAAUUGUUACUAUGUCCUUCCUCCGAUCAGUUUAUCUGGGUUUUGGAUCCCAUUGAUGGAACUUCAAGCUUUGUAGGGAAAGACAUGCGCAUUUGGAAUACUAGUUGCUUUAGGCUAUAA